GUUACCCACCAGCAAGGAUCAACUAUACUUCCAAACUCAGGCAGCAGUGUAACUAUUCCACCAAACUAUCACAGUCUUGUGUUACCAUCACCAUGAACCAAACUGUCAAGCAAGUUCACUCUGGAUCCACCCAAGGAAAAAAACAAAUAUCCAUUCACAACAAUACUGCCCAUCAAAAGGGAUCUGCUGUUUCCUACCAUGGAGGUCAUUAUCAAGCCAAGCAUGGAGGACACGUUAGAGCUCCCAGUGUCCAUGGAGGUCAUUAUCAAGCCCAGCAUGGAGGACAUGUUAGAGCUCCCAGUGUCCAUGGUGGAUCUGGUGGAAAAGGCAUAAGCAUCUCUAGACAUUUCUCUCAUGGCCACAGCUUUGGAUCUGUUCAUGGUUACAGUCAUGGAAAUCACUUCACGCACCAAAGUGCUCAUGGUGUUUUCAAGAAUGAUAGUCUUUUGUGCUUUAAUGAGAAGGAGACAAUGCAGCUACUGAAUAACCGAAUGGCCACAUACAUGGAAAAAGUGUGCUCCUUGGAACAAACAAAUGGUAAUUUGGAGAGAAAUAUUAGAGAAUGGUUUGAGAAGAAUGAGCCCGAUGGUCUACCAGACUGCACCAAGUACUACAGGACCAUUCAGGAGCUUCAGAAUCAGAUUCCUGUAGCCUAUAAACAAAAUGCAAAAGUGUUUUUGGACAUGGACAAUGCCAAACUGACAGCAGAUGACUUAAGGAACAAAUAUGAAUUGGAGAAUAAUCUGAGAAAUUGUGUUGAGACUGAUGUCAAGGGUCUCCACAGAGUUCUAGAGAGACUGAACAUGGAGAUAGAUGAUCUUCAAAUGCAGGUCUGCAGCCUUCAAGAGGAGCUCCAAGACCUGAAGAAGACCCAUGAAGAGGAGGUCAACUGUCUGCGCACCCAUUUGGGUGCUAGAGUCAGCGUAGAAGUCAAUGCUGCUCCAUGUAAAGAUUUGAACAAAACCUUGUCUGAGAUUCGACAGGAGUAUGAAAUGCUAAUGGAGAGAAACCUCAACGAGGUUGAGGAUAUCUUCCUUACAAGGAGUGAAGAACUGAACCGUGAUAUGGUGUUCGGAGCUGAACUAUUGCAGUCAGUUUCUAGUGACCUUAUUGAGUUGAAACGCAGCCUGCAAACACUGGAAAUUGAGCUUCAAAGCCAAUUAAGUGUGAAAUCAGCUCUAGAGGACUCAUUGGCCGAAACAGAAGCCACUUACCAAUCUCAACUAGCCCAAAUACAAUGUCUGAUCAACAACCUGGAGUCAGAGCUGGGACAAAUACGAUUCGACCUGGAAAAGCAAAAGACCGCUUAUAAAAUACUCAUGGACCAGAAGAGCCACUUGGAGAUGGAGAUUGCCACAUAUAAACAUCUUAUAGAAGGACAUGAAAUCCAUGCUCCUGUUCGUAACAACAAUACUGAUACUCACCAUGCUGUAAAAGUUCAGAUCACCACAGCACAAGUUCACCAGGCCAAGUGUUAAUAAUCUUUUUUGAACCGGAUAACAGAUGUGUUUUAGGGCUCGUUCACACUUGCGAUAGGCUUUGCAGCCCUCUGAAAAGCCAUCUGCUUUGGAUCGCUUUUUAGUGUGUGGUAGGCAGACAGCUGGAAGGUGUUAUAGUGCCUCCUGACUGCAUGCCCAUCUGCCGCCCAUCUACUAUUUUUUCACCUCCCACAGGCCGUAAGUGUGAACAAGCCCUUAUGGAGUUACCUUUAUUGUGUCAUUUUUAUAGAACCAAUAAGAUUAUAAUAAGCAAAAAAAAAAAAAAAAACUUUAUAAAAGUGUUGCUUAAAAUGCUAAAAAAUAUGUAAUAAUUAAGGAGGACAAAUAUUGAGAAACUUGACAUCAUAGAUAUGUUUGUACUGCAGCUGAGUUUCAUGUCAUUAGUAGGGAUGAGCCGAACACCCCCCCCCAUUCGGUUCGCACCAGAACCUUCGAAUGGACCACGCAAACAUUUA